AACAUACUAGGCUCAAUAUUCUCUGUUGAAGAGUUGAAAAGAUGGAAUUUGCAUUUCUAAACAAUAAUUCAUGUUUCCAAGUAAGAAGAAUAUGUUUCUUAUUGCUAGUAAUAUAUGCCACAUAUUUGGUGAAAACCCACUUUUAUAGAACUGAAGGCGUCAGCGUCGGUAGUCAAGAACAAAAGGAAAUAUUCUGGAGUAAGGAAAUUUUACUACAUUAUGUAGAAGAAAAUACUUCAGAGUUCAAUGGGAAUUGGGCAUUGUUCUCUGACUAUUGUUUUAUACACGGUUGUCAACAUGUUAUCGUUGAAGGUAAUUGUGGGUUCAAUAGAAAAAUGUGUAAGAGGCUUACACAUCUGGGAGUGGCAAAGUUAUCUCGCACACGUACACUGUUUGUGGAUAACGACAUUGUUCCGAGAGAUCAAGCUGGCGAAGUGUUCGAUGAUUUAUGUGGUCGAGAGCCCUUCAGCAUCGGAUGUCGUUUUGGCCAAAAUUUGUCGAUGCAGCGUAAAACGAACAGCGGUAUUAUGUGUAUUAACGUAGGUCAGCUACGGACCAACGAGAUGGAAUGGAUCAGUACGCUUGAUACUGUCGGAAGGUGUCAGAAUGGAAGUGCAACGGACCAGUAUGCAUUUUACAAGCCUUAUGCUCAAUUUCACGAUAAAAAGCGCUUACACUGUAUUAACGAGCAGAAAUAUGGUGCUAGAAAUAGUAAGCUUUGGCCUCAUUACUGGGGGGAAUCAAAAGAGGGUAUGGAGUCGGCUAUAACGGAAUCGUUUGCGUUGAUGCGUUUGUCAGAAACGAGGGUUAUUAACCCAACUUCAACUCUGCUUAUAAAGCUUGCCAAUAAUUCUAUGAAGAUUGAUAAAUUAGUGCAGAUAGAGUGGGAAGGGCUUCGUCAGACGAUGUAUGAAGCAAUAACAAGUAGUGAACAACUCACGCUGCUUUCUGACGGAUGGCCUAGUUAUUUCGAAAUAGAACGAAACCGCAAAUUUCUGAUGCCCAGUGGGGUCGCGGAGGAGUGCAAAAGAUCGGAAAUUUAAUCGAAUAUAUCCUGACCAAAACUAUGAGGAAAUCCUACCUAGCAUGAAAGGGAAAGAAAGAAUAGACAGAUCGAUGGCAAGGAAUGUUAGAUAGUGGAAUAUAUAUAUAUGUACAUGUAUAUAUAUACAUAUACAUAUAUAUAUAUGCAUGUAUGUACAUAUAUGUAUGUAUUAUAUAUAUAUACAUAUAUACACAUAUAUAUAUACAUAAAAACAUGUAAAUAGACGUUUACAUAAAAUCAUAUACAUAAAAACCAUACAUAUACAUAACAACAUAUAUAUAUAUAUAUAUACAUAUAUAUAUAUACAUACUAAAAGCUUUAGCAAUUAAGUCCCUCAGAACUUUUAUUUAUUCCAAAUAAGGAAUUAAAUAAAGCUUUUUAUGUCUAUUUGAGACCCUGUACAUGAAGAUGGAAAGGCCCAAUACAAGAAACACGAUGUGAUACCAGCAGUGGAAGAGAGAAACGUUGAAGUUUGCUAUCGAGAAUUACAAAUGAGGAAAAAAAACUCCACAAGAGAAGAUUAUAAACUACAAUGAUGCAAUAAAUGUUGACCGAAAUAGAA